GGUUGGGAUGCUCGGACUAUACAGACGUGCUUGCGGCGCGCUCAAAGUUUGCCGCCACUUCUCCUUCUGUGAAUCAUUUGCUGAUACGCUAGACGAUCUGAAUCAGGUGUUCAUUUUAUGACCGGGCUCCUUAUUUCAGGUGAUACUUUUAGGAUCCGUAAAUUCGGUGUUCAUGUUUGAGUCACCUCAGAAAUCUUAUGCGACAAUCAGCUUGCGAACUUACAACUCCUACAAAGCUCCAAAAGGUUACCGAAUCAAGGUUGCUACUCACAGCGUUUCCCUCCAACAGCAAUUUUACUCUGCAUGAAAUCCAAGUUUUCGAUAACAGUCUGAUAGAAAAGUCUCGAACUCUGAACAAAGGUGAUCGCAUCUGUGUUUACGGGCACCUCACCGCUUUCCCUAUGUCGACGGCGGACAAAUUCUGGGUGUACUGCAUAGUGGCCAGAUCCAUCAGCGCAUUUGUAAAUCCAGUACGGUGUUCGGACGAUUUUACCGCCACCACCACCUCUGACCCUACUCCGCUCGAACCGUCAGCUGCCCAGUCAAUGUGACCUGCACUUGUUUGACUCAUCCCGUCAUCUAUGUACCAUAUUUUUGCACAUCCAUCCUCACCCAAGAAUUUAUUAUCAUCAGAUUCAUUUUCAUCAAAUAAAGCUUUGCAUCGCUUUUAUUGAGGUUCUUGGUUUAUGCAGGUUGUUAUGCUCCACCACUUUACUUAUAACGCGAACUUUGUGGUGAAAAAUUUUGCGAUGGGCACAGGACUUCAGAAUCCUUUGUCCCCACGUGAACCGCACUCAUUAUCGGUUGUCCGUAUGCUUUUGCUCUUCACACGUCCGGUCAUCACUGGGUGCUGUACACCACAUUUCCGUGCCUACUUUUGACUUUAAACACGUUUUUACAUGGUAGAGAAUUUGUUGUUCCCUUCAAUCUAGGAAAUGCCUUAUUUGAAACAGUAUGGUCAAACAACAUUUCGCUGGACACUCU